AUGCCGCCAUCGCAAUUAAAACGUCUUAAGGCGUCGCUGCGGGAGCAGGGCGUCACCGGUCCCCAAAAGUCAAAGAAGCAAAAGCAGGAGGAUAGAAAAGGAAAAAACGACAGCAGAAUCCAGCGCAACGCCGCUCUUCAGCAAAUCCGCGACAGCUUCAAUCCCUUCGAGGUCAAGGCCAACAACCGCCCCGCCAAGUUCCAGUCUUUUACUGCUCAUCCCAAGAAAGAUGCUGUUCAAAGACCCGGUGUUACCAAGAGCAUGGGCGAGGAAGCUCGUCGUGCUACACUACUACCCGAGAUCCAGCGCCGCAACAAGACUGGUGGAAUCAUUGACAGACGUAUCGGCGAGAACGACCCCACCAUGACCCCCGAAGAGCGCGCCCUGCAACGUUUUGCCCAAGAGAAGAUGCGCAAGAAGGGUGGCGCUUCUCUGUUUGAUCUUGAAGCCGAUGACGAUUUGGAAGAGACUGCUCUUACCCACGGCGGAAAGGCUCUUGAGCUUGACAGGGACGAUUUCGACAUGGAGGGCCUCGAGGGCUCUGACGACGAAUCAGACCGUGGCUUGAAACGCCGAAGAUCCUCUGCAGGCUCGGAGGAAGACGACGAUGACGAGGAAAUGUCGGACGCCGAGGGGCAGGACCCCGACAAACCGGCACGCAAGAAGUCAAAAGCAGAGGUCAUGAAGGAGGUCAUCGCAAAAUCAAAGAUGCACAAAUACGAAAGACAAAAAGCCAAGGAAGAUGAUGACGAUCUGCGCGAAGAGCUGGAUCAGGGAUUGCAGGAGAUGCUGUCCUUGCUUAGAGGAGUCAAGCCUCCACCCAAGGCCGAGAAGCCAACCAUGGAAGCCGGCAUGAACCCUGAACGUUUGGCCAUGCUUCAAGGCAAAUCUCGCGAAGAGGCCGAAAGAGAGUACGAUGUCAGACUUAGGCAAAUGGCCAUGGACAAGAGGGCCGCUCCCACUACUCGCACAAAGACAGAAGAGGAGCAGGCUAUCGAAGAAGCAUACCGCUUGAAGGAGCUAGAAUCAUCGCGCCUCCGUCGUAUGCAAGGUGAGGAGUCUGAGGAAGAGCCAGAGGUCGAGGACAAGAAGUCGAAGAAGAAGGUUGGCACUGAGGUCGCUCCCGAAGACGAAGAAGACAUGGGCGACGAUGCCGCUCAAUUCGGUCUACCGACUCAGCAAUACGAUGGCAAGAAAGAUACUGUGGUGCACGACGAUGAGGAUGAGUUCUUGAUGGAGGAUGAUCUGAUUGCCAGCGGAUCCGACAUAGACGUCAGCGACGAAGACAGCGAAGACGAGGAAGAUUCGGAUGCCGAGGAAGGAGCAGCCGCUGCUGACGAAGACGGUGAUGAGGAAGACGAGUUUGUUCGUGGCAUCUUGGGCGACAAAGACGAGAAGAGCGAAAAGAAGGCAGCUGCACCAGCCGCUCCUUCUGGACUUGCCUACACUUAUGAGUGCCCUCGUUCUCACGAAGAACUACUGGCCAUCUUUGGAAAAUUGGCUGUCGAGGACAUCCCAGUCGCCGUCCAACGCAUCCGUGCUCUUUACCACCCUUCGCUCACUGCCGACAACAAGCAGAAGCUUGCAGACUUCUCUGUUGCUCUCGUCGAUCACAUCUCGUACAUGGCCAAGGAGAAGCAAUCUUUUGCUGUCAUCGAAAUUCUGAUCCGCCACUUGCACUCGUUGUCAAGGACAUACCCUGGCACUAUUGGCAAGGCUUUCCGUACACACAUGUCUGCCAUGCACGAGAGCGGCGUCUUCAACGCUGGAGAUUUGGUCAUCUUGACUGCUAUCAGUUCCAUCUACCCGACCUCAGACCACUUCCACCAGGUAGUCACCCCAGCGAUUACCCUCAUGGGACGUUGGUUGGAGAUGACCGCUCCAGCGCCUGCCAACUUGGCCACUGGUGCAUUCAUCGUGGCUCUGUGCACCAAGUACCAAUCACUAUCCAAGCGUUACAUCCCUGAGGCUGUGCGCUACACUAUCAAGGCUCUGCAACUUCGUCCUCAACCCAGCGAGAAAGACUUGCAACCACACGUCAAUAAUCUCCUUGCCAUGGCUGAACUCUGGAGCGCCAAGUUGGCAUUUGGCCAAAUCUUCUCCCCAGCCGCCCUAUCAGCUCUCCAAGCCCUCAAGGGGCAAAAGAAGUCAUCUCAACAUCUCUCCAUCAUGCUCUCGCAAGCCCGUCUGCGCCGUCGCCCUCUCGAACUUCACCACCACCGCCCUCUCCCUAUCCGCACCUCAAUCCCCAAGUUCGAAGAAAACUUCAACCCAGACAAACACUACGACCCAGAUCGCGAACGCGCCGAUGCCGCAAAGCUCAAGAAGGAGUACAAGCGCGAGCGCAAGGGAGCCGUGCGCGAGCUGCGCAAGGAUGCAAACUUCAUUGCGCGCGAACAGCUGCGCGAGAAGAAGGAAAGAGAUGCAGAGUACGAGAAGAAGUACAAGAGGCUCGUUGCCGAGAUUCAAGGAGAGGAGGGUCACGAGGCCAAGCAGUACGAACGAGAGAAGAGGAUGCGCAAGAGCAAGAGGUAA